AGGAAGAGGAGGAAGUGAACGAGGGGAGUCAUGUUUGUUCAAUAGUUCCCCUUUCUCCCCUUUUGACGUCACCUGCCGCCGGUGGAGGCAGAGAUCGUGGCGAGUUUGACGGGGGCGGGCGUCCGGUCGCCUGCCCGAUUAGCCGCUUUGUUCGUGUCAGCACUUUGGAGUCAUCACCAUCCUCCUUCCCAAGAGCUUAUCGUCUGGCCGCUGACAUGAGCGACAGGCUGGGAGACCUCAGCCCCAAGCAGGUUGAAGCACUGCGACAGUUCCGGGAGAGGAUUCAAGACGUUCUUGCUCAACUUCCUGCCCAGCAUGACCACUUUCUGCUCCGCUGGCUUCGAGCCAGAAACUUCAACGUGCAGAAGUCGGAGGCCAUGUUGCGAAAGCACAUCGAGUUCAGGAAGCGAAUGGAGGUGGACAGCAUCAUCAGUGACUGGCGGCCUCCCGAGGUGAUCGAAAAGUACCUGUCGGGCGGCAUGUGCGGCUACGACCGCGACGGCAGCCCAGUGUGGUACGACGUGAUUGGGCCCAUGGACCCCAAAGGUCUGUUCCUGUCCGCCUCCAAGCAGGACUUCAUCCGCUCCAAGAUCCGUGACUGCGAGAUGCUGCAGCGAGAGUGCCUGGCGCAGUCGCGAAAGUUGGGCAAGACGGUGGAGUCCAUCACAAUGAUCUAUGACAUGGAGGGCUUGGGACUCAAGCACCUAUGGAAGCCUGCCAUCCAAACCUACGGAGAGAUCCUACAGAUGUUUGAGGACAACUAUCCAGAGGGCCUCAAGAAGCUUUUUGUCAUUAAGGCUCCCAAACUCUUCCCGGUGGCCUACAACCUUGUCAAGCAUUUCCUGAGUGAGAUCACGCGGCAGAAGAUCUUCAUCCUGGGCGCCGACUGGCAGCAAGUGCUCCUGGGGCACAUCGACGCCGAGCAGCUGCCCGUCGUUUACGGCGGCAAACUGACGGACCCCGAUGGAGACCCUCGCUGUCGGACCCGGAUCAACCACGUGGGUCCGGUCCCGCCCUCCUACUACGUGCGGGAUCAUGUGUCAGUGGAAUACGAUCAGUGUUUGACUGUCAGUCGUGGGUCCACGCGACAACUGGAUUAUGAGAUUCUCUUUCCGGGAUGCGUCCUCAGGUGGCAGUUUUGCAGUGAGGGUGCCGACAUUGGCUUCGGCGUCUUCCUGAAGGCCAGAACGGACGAGUGGAAAAAGGCGGCCGAGAUGGAGACAGUGGUGCCGAGUCAGCGCUACAAUGCUCACCUGGUGCCUGAAGACGGCUCGCUGACAUGCGAGCACCCCGGCGUGUACGUGCUGCGAUUCGACAACACGUACAGCAUCUUCCAAGCCAAGAGGAUCAGCUUCACGGUCGAGGUUUUGCUGCCAGACCGCUUGAAGACACAACAGGCCGCUGCGACGUCCAAUCAAAAUAAAGACUCAACAGAAAGCACCUAAUCGAAACCAAGAAUAUCACAACGGAGGAAAGGGGUAUUGGACCAGCACACCCGAACAAACAGUAAUAACAAUAUUAUAAUAAAAUGUAACGAGAAUACGGUAUUUGUUUGAUUUGCAAAUUUUCAUUUUGGUUUGUUUGUUUUGCUACACAUUUUACUGAGUCCAAGAGAUUUGUUCAAAGUAGUAGUAGUAUCCUAAUUUUAAAUAAGAAAUUAAAAUGGUGUCCAAUUUUUUUGACAAAAUGUUCAGUGAACUUUGUUUUGGUUGAUUAGUGUCCGUAUUUGGUUACGUCAUCAACGUUUACAAGGAAUGCGCGAUGUUUUUUUUUUUUUUUCUUCAAACCACUAAGUUGUGUUGAACUGGUCGCUUUCGGAGCAACAAAUAAACGGCUUUGCCU